AUGGCAGCGACGCGGCGGGUGCUGGUGCUCUGCCGCCUCUCGCCGGCCUCCCUCGCCGGUCUCGCCGCCCGCUUCAGCCUCCUCGACCGCCACGCCUCGUCGCUCUCGAUGGAAGCCUUCCUCGCCGCCGCGGCUGCCGACGACGACCCACCGCGCCUGGCCCUCGUCCCGGACGGGGGCGUCCGCGUCGACGCGGCUUUCCUGGACGCCGUCCCGUCGCUGCGCUGCGUCGUCACGGUCAGUGCAGGCCUCAACCACAUCGACCUCCCCGAGUGCGCGCGCCGCGGCGUCGCCGUGGCCAACGCGGCCGGGGUCUACUCCUCCGACGUCGCCGACCACGCCGUCGCCCUGGUCAUCGACGUCCUCCGGCGCGUAUCGGCGGCCGACAGGUACGUGCGGCGGGGGCUCUGGCCGGAGCGCGGCGACUUCCUGCCCCUCGGGUCUACGCUCCGCGGGAAGCGCGUGGGCAUCGUCGGCCUCGGCAGCAUCGGAUCGGCAGUCGCGAGGAGGCUGGAGGCGUUCGGCUGCGUCGUCUCCUACCACUCCCGCGGCCGGAAACACGACGUCUCGUACUGCUACCACCCCGCGGUGCGCGACCUUGCCGCGUGCUCCGACGUGCUCGUCGUCGCGUGCGCUCUGACCGCCGAGACCCGGCACGUCGUGGACAGGCGCGUGCUGGACGCGCUGGGGAGCGGCGGCGUGGUGGUGAACGUGGCGCGCGGCCCGAACGUGGACGAGGGGGAGCUGGUGAGGGCGCUCGCGGAGGGCAGGCUCGCCGGCGCCGGGCUGGACGUGUUCGAGGACGAGCCAGACGUGCCGGCUGAGCUGAUGGCCAUGGACAACGUCGUGCUGACGCCUCACUGGGCCGCGUUCACCCCGGAGUCCAUAGCCGACCUCGACCACCUCGUCGCCGGCAACCUGGAGGCCUUCUUCGCCGGCGCCCCGCUGCUUACGCCCGUCGUCGUCUCCGACUGA